UUUUUCCUUCUUAAGAUAAUUGCGGAUGGUCACCAUGCUUCCUCUGAAGUUUUUCGCUGCAGUUUGUUUUUCCCUCACCAUGGUUGUUGAGACUGUUUCUCUGAGAUGCCAGCACCAAUUCAGGUGCGGGAAAAUCCUCAUUAAAGUCAGAUACCCUCUUGGAGUAGAGGGCGAUCCUCGAGGCUGUGGUGACCCUGAUGUUCGACUCUCUUGCGAGCGCAAUCGUACUGUUUUGUACUUAGGACCCAAUUCCCAUAAAUAUUAUGUAGCUGAGGAAAGCAUCCACGGCAAACAUGAAAGCCCCUUAGAUUCGAUUCGCGUAAUCGAUCCUGAGCUGCAGAAGAACAACUGCUCCACCAUUCCACUUUACUCAAAUGUUUAUCCUUUUUUUUCUUAUAGUGAUUUUAUGCUGCAUUAUGGCGAUAAUCAAAUGCUAUUUGUGAUGGUGACUUGCAAGAAACCAGUUGUAGCUCCUCUAUACGUCGACACUGCUCCUUGUGUAACUGCCAAAGAAUUAUCAAACCUUGAGGGUGCGGAAAGCAAUUAUAGUUAUGUUGUAGUUGGCAAAAGAGCUAGUGAUCUGGUGGCUUCUGAUAUUGAAGAGACAUGUACCAUACACAAAGUCAUGUAUUCACGAUUUCAGCACUUUCUUAUUGAUAGCACAAGGAAUAUUUCCUUCAAGGACAUCCAUGACGCCAUGGCAUCUGGUUUUGAGCUUGAAUAUGGGAGAUAUUUCAACAUGUGUAAGAGAUCAAUUCCCAGUAAGUGCAUCAUUAAUUUAAUUGUUCAUAUUAGUCCUCAAUCUCAAACCGAUUCAUAUUCCAGCUUGUAUUGUGAUAAUUAGUUGGGUAAAUUAUUACUGAUCUCUUGCAGUUUCUCAUAUUAUCUCACAUGAUCGUCUAACAUUUCACAACCUCCAUGUAAACGUCCUGUAGUUUUAGGUAAAGUGAAGUUUGGCAAAAAGCAACAUUCUUAAUGUUGUUAGUUAAAAUGUUAGGAUUAUCCUUAUGU